GUACACGCGUGUAUAUACCACCCGUGCAGCUUUCGGUGAUUCCGUCUCCGACCCUCCGGUGCUCCAUUCGACGUCCGCGAGUCUCUCAGGAUACUCCGAACCUCGUGAACGCGCAAGUGACAACAUCGGAUAUUUUCAGACCUUUGUGUUUUCUGCAAGUGCGAGAACCGCAGACAGACAUUGAACUUCGAACGAUUGAAAUAAAUCAUUCUUCCUCGAUCAGUACCUGACCGAUACACCUGCUAAUCCGAGCGUCAUGAACUGUGGCACCUCUCCUUAAAAUUGAAUCUGUCAAACUUUACAAAGAAUCUCUGACUGGACGGUCAUAGGGAGUCAGUUGAAAUCGAUAUAAAGGGAACGGAGGUGAAGUCGACGGUCAGCGGUGGUGCGACCGAACGGUAACGCGGGAACCGGGGCCGGCGGGCGAUCGUCAGGACUUGGAAAAAAACGCGAAACCGUUGAAGAGGAAAUACUUCGGGGGAUAUCGUGAGCAAGGGAAACGGCGAUCACGCAGUUUAAAUGAGCAUGGCUGGCAAUACAUGCGUGUAGCACAUUGCCGAUAGAGAAACCUGCCGCGUGCUUCUUUUCUCUCUGUCCGCUCGCCUCCACGAAACUGUUGUGCGUUACAUAAACAGGGAUUUUACUGGCCAGUUAAUGAACCCGGUUGUGCACGCGUGCGGGGAACGUCCGUCGGCGACCUUACAAAACGACUGGCAAAGCGUAACGGAGUGCGAACAAACGAAAAUCGUUGGAGAUCGUCGAGCUUGAAAACCGAGAGUGGUGUCCUCGUAAUUGGAAAAGUGUGACAAGGAGGCGAAUCGAACAAAAACGAGAAAGGAAAAUCGGAAUCGCGAGGGAAGACAAGAAACGAUGUACGCUGACAGUGUUUUAAGAACAGAUCGUGAUUGCUCAUGGAAACAAUGCUCGGAGAAGUGACGUGAGAUAAGGCAUACCUCUCGAACGUAACGCAUUGUGGAUCAACCGUGACGAAAUUCGAAACGGUGGCGUCUCCGCGAGAAAAAAUAAACAGAGCACGAAUCGACCAAUUAGCUUAAUUAUCGCGGACCGUGGUAUCGCAUCCGCGAUCUCGUCUCCUUUCGCUACCGAUACCGCAUCCUGUAAGGAUAACGCUGUGCUCGAGAAACAUUGUACGCGAUCGCAAAGUCGAUUCGCAUACCAGUGUCGAACGAGUCGAGGGGGAAAAAGAAAAUUUCUGUGAUUUCCUUUCGUGAAGUUUCAUCGGGAACCUCAAGAUGAAGUUCAUAGGGUCUUUGUUCGGGAUCCGGUCGCCCAAGAAGAUGGGCAAGCAGUACAUGAAGGUCGGAAGAAACGCUCUCUUCGGGCCGCGAACCAAUCAGCACGACAGCCUCUGCACGGACAAGGUUCCCAGGCCUCUGUCCUUCCUCAUAUCUAAGAACGGGAAACUAAGGCACGGUAGAUUAUCAGCACUUAUCAUUGGUAUCCUGACGCUUGUGAUCGGUAUCAUUUUGAGCAGUUUACCAUGGAUGGAUUAUCUUAUAUUAAAGCAAUUAAGAUUAUGGAACGGCUCUCUUGCUUUCCAAUACUGGCAAAAACCGGGAGUGGUUCGGCUGACCAAAGUAUACAUAUUCAAUGUAACUAACGCGGACAAUUUCUUGCACUACAACGAGAAACCAAAACUACAAGAAGUUGGCCCUUUCGUGUAUAAGGAAGACAUGGAAAAAGUGAACAUCGUUUUCCACGACAAUGGUACCGUGAGUUAUCAGCACAAGAAAAUAUUAAACUUUGUACCAGAAUUGUCCAAAGACAAGGACCUCAGAGUAAUAGUACCAAACAUACCAUUACUAACACUUUCUACGCAAAGUAAGAGUCUACCUCGAAUUAUCACCGUAGGAUUAUCGAUGUUCUUGAGCGGGAUGAAAAUGAAACCGUUUGUUCCUGUGACCGCUCAAGAACUCGUGUUCGGGUACAACGAUCCGCUGGUCAGCAUUGCGCAUCGGUUCUUCCCGAAAACGAGACGUCCCAUGAGUAAAAUGGGGCUCCUCGUCGGGAGGAACGGUACGCUGAACGAAGUGUCCACGAUUUUUACGGGGCACACGGAUAUGAGAGAGUUUGGAUUAAUAAAUCGGUUAAACGGGCUGGACCGUCUGCAAUACUGGCCAAACGCGCCUUGUAACUCUAUUCGAGCUUCCGAAGGAUCAUUUUUUCCACCUCGAGACCAAACUGGCGCUGACAUCAUCCACGUCUGGGACAAGGAUCUUUGCCGCACUUUGCCUCUGAAAUAUCGAGGCCCAACGGAAAAAUCGGGGAUUAAAGCGGACCUGUACACUCCGCCUGAAGGAGUCUUCGGUCGGCCUAAAGGAAACGCGACGGAAAACGAAUGCUUCUGUUCAGACGACAUGUCGACCUGUCCGUCUGACGGGCUACAGAACAUCAGUCCUUGCCAAUACAGCGCGCCAGUGUACAUCUCCUUUCCUCAUUUCUACAAAGCGGAUCCUAAUUUACUGAACGCAGUCCACGGAUUGAAACCAAACGUAGACAUCCACGAAACGUAUUUCAAGAUCCAACCGAAACUCGGCGUGCCGUUAGAAGGGAAAGUCCGCAUACAGCUGAACCUAAAGGUCGAACGGCAGCCGCAAAUCGGUGUCGUCUCCAGUUUUCCCGACAUAAUGUUUCCCAUUAUGUGGGUAGAGGAAGGCAUCGAGGAAUUAACGCCGUCCAUCCGGAGAUGGGUCUACCUGGCAACGACGUUCAGCGACGCCGCUGCACCUUGUACCUCGUACGGAAUGAUUCUAGUCGGUAUAAUAAUCAUAACGGUGGUCCUCGUGAAGGUAUACAACAACGCGGUAUUUACUCAUGAGGCGAUCGAGCUAGGCAAGCGUACCAUUAGGAGAGGUUCGACGUUGCUGGUCAACGGACAGCACAAGUUGUUAAUGUCGCGGGAAUCGUACGUUUUGUUGAGUAACGAUAACGACGCAAAGACAGAUAGGAUAGAGAUCUAGUUCAGUCUAGUAUACAUGGUUAUUUGUUUUUCUUGGAUAGAACCUGAGAAGCGUAUAGCGUCUUCAAUCGUUUGAUACUGUACACCAAAGCCUUUUGUUCUUCCGAUUACCUGAAGAGACGACGUCGAUGAGAUACGUCGACUUCAAUAGCACGCAUUUCGGCAAACAAUUCAACGAUCACUUGCUUGUUUUAUUAUUUUUUGUAUCUCUUCCUGUAUCUGUGAUUUCAUCGUUUUUUUUUUUAUUUAUAUCGUCGGUGUACCGCGGUACCGGAAAAUGGAUCGUGCUUGAAUGAUUGAGGUAGAAACGGGUAGAGACACGGUCCAAGAACGGAGCACGAGUGCCGCGUUCCGGACGUACGUAUUUGUUUAGGUAUACGAUUCUAGUUGUAAGCGUUGUAUAUAAAUUUAUCUUAUUGUUAGCUCAAUUCAUGCGCGAUUACAAUCUGCUGCCAAGCUGGGUAUUCGUGGCUGCACAAAUUGUUCGUUGGAUGAGUAUGUUUAUGAUCGUGAUUUAAAGACAAUUUUAUACAUUGUCUAAAUCAACUUUAAUUAAUUCCGUCCAAUUCGUAAAAUGCUCGUUGCAAGUCAUUUGGAUAGAUUCCCGGCUUCAGUAUAACGCGUUAGAUGUUAAUUGAGGAUAAAAAAUCGGUCAGACGUUUAAUCGAAUUUUAAUCAGGAUGCGAUUUUUGUUUCUCGUCAUUGAGGGAAUCAUGAAACAAGAUUAGGAUCCGUGGAAAUUUGAACGUUGAUAUUAUACAAUUGAAAUUAUGAUAUUCUAAGUGAAGAAUGUAAAAUAAUAUAUGUUAUGUAUCGCAAUUUUGUAACUGGUGACUAAUAAAAUAUAUUUACUCAAAAUCUCGAAUGUUAAAUGUUGGAGAAUAUGUGAAAGUGUGAGGAAUAUAGUUUUAUAAAAAUCAGGUGCCAGAUCAAAAUGAAGAGCAGACACUUUAUGUAAAUGAACUUGUUGUUAUCGGUCAUAUUUGACCUGUUAAGCGAAUUUGAGAAACACACGGAUUUUUCUUUUUAAAUAAAAUUUUAUUCUCAGCAUCGAA